AUGUUCACCAAGAGUUGGAACGAUCGCGCGGACCGUGAUCUCUUCUUCACCAUACUCAGUAUCAAAUGCAUUGGCAUCAUCACCGGACCGGAAUGGACAUCGAUCGGGAACUCCAUGAGGUCCAUGGGCUAUGGCUUCACCAAUGAAGGAUGCCGUCAACACUUUCAAGGCCUGCGCCGUGCCCAGCACACGACACGGGGUAUAGGCCUCUUCGGACAGCCCGGGGAGCAGGCAGAAACUUAUGACCCUACCCUGAAUCCCAUCACUCGCCGCCCCGGUCCCGGCCGUGGCAGGCCGCGCAAACAGGGGAGCCCGCCCUUGAGGACGGGGGAGACGAGCGCUGAACGGCAACGUCGAGAGGAGAGGGAAAUUGAACGUCUCAACGCCAUAGAUGCUGCCGCCGCCGAAAACGCCGCCAACAACAUCCCAGCAAUCAGUGGCAAUCCAUUCUUAGAUCGCAUCUUUGCUAUGCCGGGAAACAGAACCGUCAUUUAUGGAGGCGGCGGUCCUCCAGUUAGAGUCCAUACACGCGAGGACGAUCUCGAACUCGAAAGGAGAAAAGAAAAACAUAACGACAGGCUCCUUGCCACGCUGGAGGCACGCCGAGCGGGAAAUCCUAAGAACCCUCCGCCGAAGCCAGCCAGCACCCAGUCAGGUCCAGCGGCGCCCAGAGAUACAUCACCAGUGACAGAGACCAGUUUGGUGCCGAAUGCCAACCCUGACAAGCUGCCAGACGCUGUCAGCACCACCUCGAAAAGAGCCUGGAGCGCUAGAGACAAGACUCUGCCCCCUCUCGCGCCUGAGCCUGGCCCUGGCCCUGGCCCUAGUACUGCUCAUACCCCUGACUCUAACAGUUUUGAGUGGUACCCUCCCGUUCGGUCAGCUCAUUCUCGCUCAAGAACUUCAAAUACAUUUGCCUCUGCCUUACAAAAAGAGAAUACGACCAGAGCUGGCCAGCAUGCGACUACCGACGCGUCCAUGUCUUCCUCCGCGCGAGCGGAUCCACCGGCAGCAACAACAAGUCGCCCGCCUGAAGACAUAGCUGGUCCCAUAGGGGAACCUCCAGAAAACAAUUUUGCCGAGGCGAGCAGCUUUCACGACUCUGGCGAUUAUUCAAUCAUCGAUCCAUCCAACGGCCACGAUAUCGACACGGUCUUGGCUCCACACCCUGUGGCUCUGUCCCCGCGCCCUCUUGGCCCAUCGGCACAAGACAAGCCGGCGCAGCCUCAGCGGGACAAUGUGAGCCCCGAAAAGGGCACACGUGGGGGGAAUGUCAUUGAUGCCGUGGGCAGUGGAGCUGGUCAUCGAGAGGCAGAAACUCAGCCGGAUGAGCCUCAUCCCAAACGCAUGCGGGUCGCAGAGUCUGCAGACACGCAAGGGAUUACCAGGGCCGAAGUUGCCCUGGCUCUGGCUGCAGCCCGCACAGCUCAACGCAAGGUGACCGAAGAGGCGUCAUCCUCGCAGCAGAUUCUCGAUGACGAAGCUGUGUUAGCUUUGACGACGGUUCACGACGACUUCACAUCAGGGUUCCCUCGCGAGGACACUGACCAUCAAGUUGGCCUUGACGGCGAUGAUGCGCUCGGGUUUGCUUAUGAUGAGUCUUAA